AUGACUUUCAAGGAGUACCUGGAGGUCCCACCCCAGCAUCCAGUCCACACCUAUACCCGCAUCAGUCCUCCGCUCCUGUACGGGCUACUCCACCAUCAGCUGGGCCUCAGUCCGUGGCCUUGACUCCUGUGCCCGGCUGGACCUCUGUCCGUGCCCUAGACACCCGUGCCCGGCUGGGCCUCUGUCCGUGCUCUCGACACCCAUGCCCGGCACCUGUGCCCGGCUGGGCCUCUGUUCAUGAUCUCCAUGAUCUCCACACCUAUGCUCAGCUGUCCCUCAGUCAGCGCCGUCCUCUGCUCCUUAUGGGCUGGGCAUUCUGAUGGAGCCAGCGACCAGUUGCUCUCCAUUUUCAGUUAAUUAUAUAUAAUUGUAAUUAUUUGUGUUCAAUUGUUUGUCCCCCUGUGGUGUUUAUUUAACUGUAUAUACAGCAUCAUACUCAACAGUAUUCUCCCCUUCCUCUUAAUUCACUGAGCACAAAAGCCCUUAGCUGAAUGGCGCAGUCGAUAGAGCAUGAGACUUCAUCUCAGGGUCGUUGGUUCGAGCCCCACGAUGCAUGCUACAUUUUUUCGAUCAAAUACAGUUUAACUUUCCACUUACAAAGACUGAUUUAAAAAUUAUAAUAUAGACCUAAACAAAUCUAGUUGAACAAGGCCCAGUUUCCCAAAACCAUCGUAGUUGUGAUGAACUUAGCCUGAAGAUUAUUUUGGGAAACGGGCCCAGACUGGUACCCAGGCUAACAAUAUCACUUCAACAAUGGGAAUUCAUCAUUAUACUUUGCUCCAAGACUUUGCUGUUUUCUUGCACUGAUAAUCAACACCUAACCUACCAUGCCAUGUCCUUAUCAUAUCCCUCUCUCCAUAUUUCUAUACUUUACAGUACCAGUCAAAAGUUUAGACACACCUACUCAUUCAAGGGUUUUUCUUAUAUAUUUAUUCAAAGAGAACAAAUCAUAAUUGUUAUGCUGGGAAGUAGAUGGUAGACGUUAAUUCUUCCCUGUUCUCAAUGUUUCUCCACUGAACAAAGAGACAGGAUGCAGUUUAUAGCCUCAAGCCUAGCAUGUGGCUGACCAAUUAUAAUUCCUUACAAUAAAAUUGGGCCACUGGCCAAACCCCCAAGUAUCCUGUUUCAGGCUCAAUGUAUCUAUUCUAAACAGAUGUUGAACUGAAAAACAACUAUUUUCAUUGAUUGUUAAAUCCCUCUUGACCACUAGUCCUCUUGACCCCUAGUCCUCUUGACCACUAGUCCUCUUGACCUCUAGUUCUCUUUGUUGUGUAUAUGUAUCUUCAAAUAUUCUUACAAUGUCUUCACUAUUAUUCUACAAUGUAGAAAAUAGUAAAAAUAAAGAAAAACCCUUGAAUGAGUAGGUGUUUCCAAACUUUUGACUGGUAGUGCACAUACAGUGCAUUCGGAAAGUAUUCAGACCCCUUGACUUUUUCCACAUUUUGUUACGUUACAGCCUUAUUCUAAAAUGGAUUAAAUUGUUUUUUCCCCCUCAACAAUCUACACACAAUACCCUUUACUCAGUACUUUGUUGAAGCACCUUUGGCAGCGAUUACAGCCUCGAGUCUUCUUGGGUAUAACGCUACAAGCUUGGCACACUUGUAUUUGGGGGAUUUCUCCCAUUCUUCUCUUCAGAUCCUCUCAAGCUCUGUCAGGUUGGAUUGGGCGCGUCGCUGCACAGCUAUUUUCAGGUCUCUCCAGAGAUGUUCGUUUGGGUUCAAGUCCGGGCUCUGGCUGGGCCACUCAAGGACAUUCAGAGACUUGUCCCGAAGCCACUCCUGCGUUGUCUUGGCUGUGUGCUUAGGGUCGUUGUCCUGUUGGAAGGUGAACCUUCGCCCCAGUCUGAGGUCCUGAGCACUCUGGUGCAGGUUAUCAAGGAUCUCUCUCUGUACUUAACGUAACAAAAUGUGGAAAAAGGGAAGGGGUCUGAAUACUUUCUGAAUGUAGAUUCUGUACCAUGGUCUGGAGCCUUGCGGGACAGCUCUGUUCUCAAGUCUGUGGUUGUGGAUCUGGGGCUUCUGGCUCUUUUUACUGUCCAGCAUAGCGUAUUGGCCUGGGCUACUGUCAAGCAGGCCUGCCGGUCUGUCCUGGGGGUACUGAACCGGGCCAUGUACUGCUCCACUACUUCUCUGGCUCUCCAGGUAACACAGACACACACACUUAUACAAUCUUAUGGUCUUAAAAAAUUGGCAAUUAUGAGAGACAAUUUUACAUUUGAACACCUCUUUCGCUGUCUUACGUCACUGUCUUGUGUUGUCCCUGUUCUAGAUAUUGAUGCAUUACUGUCAGCCUGUGACGGAGGCUCCCUGUCUGUGGUCAGUACAUAAUGACCCAUGGAAUACCUGGUUCACCCUGCUCUGUUUCACCCUGCACUUCCUCUGCUGGUCCAUCAUCUGCAGUAUACAGCUGAUCUUUGACUAUCCUGAACUACUGGGCAUCAAACAGGUAAAGAAAACCCAUGCAGAUGUAACAUGUGUUUGCGAUCAAAUAAAAUAAAAUAAAAUAGUAUUUGUCACAUGCGCUGAAUAAAACAGGUGUAGACCUUACAGAGAAAUGCUUACUUACAAGCUCUUAACCAACAAUGCAGUUUAAAAAAAAUAAGUGUUAAGUAAAAAAUAGAAAAAUAAGAAAUAUAGAAAAAUAACAAAUAAUUAAAGAGCAGCAGUAAAAUAACAGUAGCGAGGCUAUAUACAGGGGUCACAGGUUAGUCAAGGUAAUUUAGGUAAUAUGUACAUGUGGGUAGAGGUAAAGUGACUAUGCAUAGAUAAUAAACAGAGUAGCAGCAGCGUAAAAAGAGGGGGUGGGGACAAUGCAAAUAGUCUGGGUAGCCAUUUGAUUAGCUGUUCAGGAGUCUUAUGGCUUGUGGGUAGAAGCUGUUAAGAAGCCUUUUGGACCUAGACUUGGCUCUCCAGUAUUGCUUGCCGUGCGGUAGCAGAGAGAACAGUCUAUGACUAGGUAAUUAUCAGAGGACCACUAGUUUGAGGCCAGUAAGGGGACAGGGACAGUGAUACUGUUCACAAUGACACUUUUACAUUUACAUUUUAUUUAACCUUUAUUUAACUAGGCAAGUCAUUUAAGAACAAAUUCUUAUUUACAAUGACGGCCUACACCGGCCAAACCCGGACGACGCUGGGCCAAUUGUGCGCCGCCCUAUGGGACUCCCAAUCACGGCCGGUUGUGAUACAGCCUGGAAGCGAACCAGGGGGUCUGUAGUGACGCCUCAAGCACUGAGAUGCAGUGUCUUAGACCGCUGCGCCACUCUGGAGCCCAAACCAACACUGGUUACAUCAAAUAAUUUUCAUACAUCACAUUUUACCCUUUCCCACGCUCUUGUAAAAUUCAAAAUACUACUGUAUUAGGCCUACAAUUUAAUCAUCUACAUGAAUUCUUUCUCUUUGAUGGGGCCCGUGUAGCUCAGUUGGUAGAGCAUAGCGCUUGCAACGCCAGGGUUGUGGGUUCGUUUCCCACGGGGGGCCAGUAUGAAAAUGUAUGCACUCACUAACUGUAAGUCGCUCUGGAUAAGAGUGUCUGCUAAAUGACUAAAAUGUAAAUGUAAUGCCAAAGCUGGAAUUACCCUGAUUAAAUGAUUCAUUCGUCAGCAAUAGAAUGAUUGAGAAUAUCCUUCUGAUGAAAUAUAACUGUUUAAUAUCUGCUAUAAGUCCUUUCUCCCGGUCUCCCGCCAUCCUCUCUCUUCCAUCCCUCCAUCUCUCUCAGGUUUAUUAUGAGUGCCUUGGUUUGAGAGACCCUCUGGCUCUCAAGUCCCCCCGGGCUCAGCGUCUCUUCGCCCACCUGCAUCACCCCGUGUGUGUGGAGCUGGCUGUGGUUCCUCCCUGCCCUGCCCUUGGACAGGCUGCUGCUGGCGGGGAGUCUGUCGGCCUACCUGUCCCUGGCUCACUCCUUAGAUACGCAGGACUGUGCCUACCUCAGUGUCCAGCUGCACAGCAAACUGCGUCUCUUCUCUCUGCCACAGGGGGGCGCGGCUCAGGACAAUAACAACCACAAGCAAGAGUGA